AUGGCUAUGUCUAAGCUUCGCCCCUGGGCACCAAAACUUUCUCAAAGUCUUCAGCCUCAGCUGCUUGAUAGGAUGCUGAGUUUGGUGGCGCUGUUUUGCGUCUUCGUGCUAAAAAAACAGCUCCUGGUCUUGGAUGGAGUUCCUGGUCGGGUUUUGGCUUUUGCACUAGAAGACUUGGGACCAAGGCUUCAAAAUCUAUUCUCAACUUGUUUACAAGAGAGUAUAUUUCCACACCAGUGGAAAACAGGGAAAUUCGUGUUGUUACGCAAGGAUGGCCGUCCUCUUGACUCUCCUUCUGCUUAUCGUUCUAUUGUGUUACUGAAUAUAAUCGCGGGCCUUCACUACACUGAGUCCGACCCUGGCGACCGCUCGUACUCGAAUACCAAUUUAACCGCUUCGUAUUCCCGCUCAGUCCCCAGACCCGACACCGCCUGCCUCGCUCGAGAGCCUCUGUUCUCGCCUAAUUACCUGUCCUCUCCCAUACCACCCUAUAUUACCUGUGAACUACUCUGCACACUAUCCAACCGCUUUACUAAAUUCGUAAUUAUGUCUUGA